AUGGCUAUACCUAACUGGUGGGCUUGUAUCCGGAAACAAUUACUGAGCUUCAUGCAGAAGUUGAUGCCUGUAGCGGGAUGCGGCUCAACAGAUGAGGCGCAGUGGCGCCGUGGUCUGAGGCAAGCGUCUUGCCCUGAGAACUGA